AUGCAGGAAGAUGUUUUUUAGAUCAUUACAUACAUUAAAGGAUAAUCUGAUUAAAAUGCAUAAGAAGAAGAGAAAAAAUCUUAUGAAUAGAAUCAAGCGGUAGAAAAGAAAAAAAAGAGAUUAUAGCUUGAAAAAUGGCACUCAAUAUUAGGAUAAUUAAGUGAUUUAUAAGAUGAAUACCUUGAAAAUGCAGUUAUUAAUUCUAAAUACGCUUUCUAUAUCUAAAAAAGAGUUGUAAAACAGAAAGAUCAAAAUUAAUAUUCAACUGACUAUAUUUUAGGUAUUCAUCUAACAGAAGCAUCUCCUUAAUUCAAGAAGCUAUAAAGUUAAAAGCCAAGGUCGAUAAUCAUUACAAGUGGAACUUUAGCUCCUUUAAAGAACUUAGAAGCUGAAUUAGGUAUUGAUUUCAAUAUUAAGCUAGAGGGAAAUCAUGUGAUAGAUAAGGAAAAUGUAAGCAUGAAUCUAUUAUUCGCUGAUAAGAAGACUUAGUUUAAGAUGAGAUAUCAUAAUUUAGAAAACAAUGAUGAAUUAAUCCUAAAGACUGGUCGAGUCAUAGAAAAUAUAAUUAAAACAGUAGAGGGUGGAGUCUUAGUAUUCUUUUAGUCCUAUCAAAAGAUGGAAAAUUACAGUAAACUUUGGCGAAAUAAUAAUAUCCUGAGAUAACAAAAGAUAAAUAGAAGAAUUUAGAUGGAAAGAAGAAAUAAUUAAGAACUAUUCCAAGCAUUGGAAGAAUUUAGAAAAGAUAAUGAAUCAGAAAAUAGUAUUGGAGGAGUAUUCUUUGGAGUAUGCAAAGGCAAACUUAGUGAGGGUAUUGACUUCUCUGAUAAUGAUGCAAGGUGUGUUAUCAUCCUAGGAAUACCAUACUCUGACUUUAAUGAUGCUAAAACAGUAAUUAAGCAAGAAAUCCUUGACUAGAAAUUUAGAAACAAAACUUCUCCAAUUAACGGGCAACAAUGGUAUGAGAUGGAUGCCAUGAAGUCUAUUAAUUAAGCAAUGGGAAGAGUGAUCAGGCAUAAAAAUGAUUUUGGUACUAUAGUUAUUAUUGAUAGUGGGCUUCAAAACCAAAAAAUGAGAUCGAAACUGUCUAAAUGGAUAAAAGAUGAUGCAUUUACUUUUGAAGACGCUGAUAAACUCUACAAAAGAAUUGAUAAUUUCCAGAAAAGAAUGAAAGAAAAAUAUCCCAAGGCUUUUCCUUCGAAAAGAUAUAAGCACAUUUCAAUUUCGUACGAGGAUGAGGAUAGAUAAAUGUAAGAAUUAUUCAUGACUGCUGAAGAUAAAUUAUAAAAUCAAUUGAAAUAAGCACAAAUUCAAAACAUCAAUCAACCAUAAAGAAGAGUUCUUAACUAAAGUUUCAUAAUAAAUAAGAAAAAAGUAGGUUAAAACUAAGUCAUUUAAAAGGAAAUAAAGCCUGAAAUUGAAUUUGAAUUUAAUGAGGAAGAGAUAAAUGAGGAUGAUUUGCUUGAUUGUUUAGAUGAUAUUGAUAAUGACUCAAAUGAUUUAAGUCAAGAUAAUGGAGAAGAAAAUGUUGAAGCUUCCAUAUUAGGUAAAAGACAGAGAAAAGAAUGA